GGUUUUCGUAACCCUUUUGCUUCUCUCUAUCCCUACACCAUUUCCAUGGCUGAGGAGGCACAGUAUUCGUCCCCCGGUGACUUUCCCACCACCAAGCGCAAGUACGAUGACUCCACCACCCCACCGCCUUCAGCAACCCGUCGACCCACUGGAUUUUCCGCUCCCAUCAUUCCUUCACAGUCUCCCGACUCCGCUCCGGCCUACAACAGUGUACCUCCACCCGUAGAUGAGAUCGAGCUCGCUAAACAGAGGGCUCAGGAGAUCGCUGCUCGUCUCUUUAACAACGCCGAGGCCAAACGCCCUAAGUUCGAGAAUGGCGGCGGAUUUGAUUCUAAUGAUAGCAAGGGUUUCAGCUCUGGUCCUACGGAUUAUGGGCAGAAGCCUUUUUCGACCACUGCUUCUUCUGUACCUUCUUCUUAUGGUUAUGGAAGCCCAAGUAAGAAGAUUGACAUACCAAAUGGAAGGGUAGGUGUGAUUAUUGGUAAAGGUGGAGAGACUAUUAAAUAUCUUCAGCUGCAAUCUGGAGCAAAGAUCCAGGUUACCCGAGAUAUGGAUGCAGAUCCUCAUUCACUUACCAGAGCAGUUGAGCUGACAGGUUCUGCAGAAUCAAUAGCCAAGGCUGAGCAAUUGAUAAAGGAUGUGCUUGCUGAGGCCGAGUCAGGAGGUUCUGGCAUAGUUUCUCGAAGAAUACCUGGUCAGCCAGGUGGUGCUGAACAAUUUGUGAUGAAAGUCCCAAACAACAAGGUUGGUCUUAUUAUUGGUAAAGGGGGCGAGACCAUUAAAAAUAUGCAAGCUAGUACAGGAGCACGUAUUCAGGUGAUACCUCUACACCCACCCCCUGGUGAUACGUCAACAGAAAGGACUGUACAGAUAGAUGGAUCCAGUGAUCAGAUUGAGGCUGCAAAACUGUUGGUUAAUGAAGUGAUCAGUGAGAAUCGUCUGAGAAAUCCGAUGGGAAGUGGUGGAUAUUCACAGCAAGGUUACCAAGCUCGACCUCAGACCAAUUGGGCACCACCUGGUCCUCAAAUGCAGCAGCAGGGCUAUGGUUAUAUGCAACCUGGUGCAUAUCCUGGUCAACCUGCUCAGUACAGCCAAGCACCAUAUGGCAGUUAUCCUCGUCCACAAACUUCAGGUGGAUAUGCUGCUGGCUGGGACCAGUCGGCAGCUGCACCAGCUCAGCAAACAACACAGGGUGGUGGUGGUUAUGAUUACUACAACCAGCAACAAGCUCCACAAACCCAAGCACCUGGUGCUCCCGCUGGCCCAACCGAUGCCUCUACCUAUGGUUACAAUCAGCAAGGUCAAGCUUAUGGUCAGGAUGGGUAUGGUGGAUAUGCAUCUGCACCCCAAUCUGGUUAUGUGCAGCCACAGGCGGGAUACGAUCAACAAGGUUAUGGUAAUCCAACACCUGGAUAUAAUACUGAAACCACCGAUGGGCAAACUGCUUCAUAUGGAGGUCAGGCUGAUAAUGGUGCUAACCAAGCUCCACCGGCAUCCGCACCUCAAUCUGGUUAUGUUCAGCAACCUAGCCCAAACCCGAAUUAUCCUCAGGGUUCUACUCAGCCAGGGUAUGGGGUGGCUCCAACGUCCCAGCCAGGCUAUGGUGCUCAGCCGCCUUCUGGAUAUGGUGGUUAUGGACCACCCCAGACUCAGAAACCUCCUGUUACACCAGCCGCUUAUGGGCAGCAGCCGCCCCAGCAGUCUCCUAAUGCUGCUCCACAAGGUGGGUAUGCCCAACCAGCUCCGUACCCUGGUGGAUAUGCCCAGCCAGAUGGUAGUGCUCAGCGGCCUCCAGCCGCUGCUUAUGGUGGUGGUGGUGGGUAUGCUCAAGCACCAUAUGGUGCCUCAGCUGGUGGUACUCAGGCAGGUGGAUAUGGGGGACAGCAGGCGGCAUAUGGAAGCUCUUAUGGCGGUGGUUAUCCCCAGCAACCUCCUGCAUAUUCUGGCGAUGCAGCAGCUGCCCCAGCAGCUCAAGGUAGUCAGCCUAGUGGUGGUGGUGCGGUUGCUAAAGCUUCGCCUCAGCAGAGUUGAUGGCGGGUGGCUGGUGAUGGUGGUUAAACAAGCCAAUUAUGGGUUGUGUAGCUUGGAAUAGACUUUGGUACUGAGACGAUGUUUCUUUUGUUAAUUGAAUAUUUUUGAAUGUUUUUCUCAAGUACAUGUGGACUUCUUUUUAGACAUGUUCCAUAUUGCAGUGCAUCAAAAAUGAUUUGAUUGGAUGU